AUGUCGGAGAAUGAUUUAGCGGGGUUGGACUCAGGAGUGCAACAACCUCUGAUUGACAGUGGAUCCAAUGGCACGAAACCUUCUUCACCCAUGGACAAGGACCCAGCAGCAAAGUUUCGGUUCCUGAUAUCUAUUGUAGGAAUCCUCUUUCUCGCUUGCUGUAUGUACUUUUGGAAUGAACACAUGGCGCAGAGUUUCGAUGUUCAAUCUAUGCAGACUAAAUCAGGGCAAGCCACAAAGAAGUACCCAGCCGUCGUCACAAGUGCUCCAAUUCAGAGUCCACCUGUAGAAGCUCCAUCUCCAAAGGAAGCUACAGAGCCAGACAUCCCUUCCGAAAGCCCACCCAUUGCAGCGCCAGUCGAAUCCGUCAAGGAGACUCAACCCCCUGCACUAGAAACAGAGGCACCAAACGAUACUAUUGACAAAGCGACCGACGCCCCAGCACUAGAAACAGAGGCACCAAACAACACUACUGAUAAAGCGAGCGAGGCCCCAGCACUAGAAACAGAGGCACUAAACAACACUAUUGAUAAAGCGACCGAGGCCCCAGCCGAGGCGUCUCCUGCAACAGAGACCGAUUCCCUAGCUGAGGAGUCUUCUGCAACAAAAUCCACACCCAUAGAAAGUGAUGGAACUUGUGAUGCCCUGUGCGACAAAAGAGAAGAAGCACGAAUUUCCAAGUUUGGCGGAGACCUUUUGAAUGUCACAGACGUAGUGAGAAUGGCCAAACAAGCAAAGGACGAAGCCAUUGCCAAUAUCCGAGAAUUGUAUGGCACCUAUUUUGACGACAUAUUUGUGAAAAGUGCGAGCGAGGCUCCGAGAGAAAGGUAUAUUGGGUUAAAGCCAAUCGACAAAGAAAAGUCCCCCUAUCGACUGAGACGAAAGCUGAAACUCAAGGUGUUGCGUGCGAUGGAAGAGGUCCGUGAGACAGAGAGCAAUGUUCUAGGUUGCGAUUGUGUGCAAAGACAGGGCAAGGCGACCGGUUCACCUGAUGAGAGUGUUGAGUCCAUCCCAGACUUUUACGGACAGUACGUCUUUGCCAAUGGUGGCCAUUCACAGGCUGCUGCACAUGGCAAUCCAUAUAGCGAGAGUUACACAGCGGUACUUACCGAAGAUCUAAAGCCAGUAUGGAAGGCCAUGGGUAUCGAUUUCGUUGGUCGGAAUUAUGCAGUGGGAGGUAUGCCAGCUACGCCAAUUAUGUCAACAUGUUCAAAGGAAAUUUUCGGCACGGACAUUGACUUUCUCGUUUGGAACUACGGCAUGACGGACAAGAAUAGGGAAAGUACGAUGUACUACUUGUAUCGCGCUGCCGUCAACCCUGGUCGUCCCGCGUUUUUGAUAAUUGAUCCCAUGCACCACGAUAGCAAUGCAGCCGGCCUCGUAACACAAGGCUCGCUUUCUAUACACUCAUCAAAGGUGGAGACAAAAAACGUGCCAGACAGCUCGCCCGAUGGAAUCCCGCUCUCGCAAAAGGAAAUGGACGCAAUGCCACCUCUUUUGCAAUAUCUAAAAGUCAACAAAGCGCUUGAAGGAUCCAAUAAAUGGAGCUGUACCAAGGCCAUGAAAGAUGCAGGGUCUGAUUGCAAAUGUUGGGACCUUGGUGGCCGAACUGGUUGGCACGCGGGAUAUAAACUCCAUGCCCUGCAAGGACGGCAAAUAUCACUUCCUUUCAUGAAUAUGCUGGAUGAUGCGUUGGAAGAAAUCAUUCAGUCUCCAAAGGAUGCUGCUACUUUACUUUCAGAAAUCGAAGAGGAAGAAAAUGCGGAGUUUGAAAACUUCAUUUCCUUACCGGUAAUUGGCAAGGACGGGGGUAAGGGUUCGUAUGACAUGUUUUCAGAGUCGCUAGGUCUAGAUCUUUUAGAAACCUGGUUCAAAGGGCCUAGCAUAUGUCGGACAGCGCAGCUACCAGCCGAGUCCCGAUUUCUUGGCAUUACCACAAACACCAACAAAACUGGUUCAGUUGCUAGAUGUGGCGAAGAAACCUACGAUACCGGAAUUAUGAUUGACAGAAACCAAUAUCCGGACACUGGAUACACUUAUCCCGAAGGUAUUGAGCCAGUUCCUGGAGAGUUCAGUAUCAUUGGAUGGUCGGCAGGCAGGUAUUGUGCGGAUGAAGAAGAUUGCCCAGAGAUUGUCCAACCCGACUAUCCAGAUUGGUUUUGGGGUGUUUGGAAGGACGGGAAAACUUCAACGACAUUUCCCAACGAGAAAGAAAAAGAGUAUUAUGGAUAUGAUGCUGACAAAUUCAAAGGUAUUAUUGGGCUCAUCCCAACUCUGUUCCCUGAAAUUUAUCAAAAGAACACGCCAUACAUCGACUUCAAAAUGAAAGAUUUUCGAGAUCAUGUAAAGAUGAAAGUCAAUGGGAAGUCUGUCGCCAAAUAUCGGCCAUUGUUAAAGAUGGUAAUACUCGAAGAUGAAAAUGGUUCUGUACAAUGGCCACCAAAUGAAAAUGGCCAAUACAUUCUUGAAUUUGAGGCUUUUGGUGUGAUGGAAAUAGAUAAUCGAACAUCAGCGGAACACCGCUUGAGACUUAGUGGAUUCGUCCUUUACUAG